AUGGCUAGGGUUCUUUGUUGUUUUCAUGUUGUGGCUGAUGACUUCCCUGGGUAUAUACUCAAUGGGGCUGGUAUGAGCACAUCAUGGAGGCUUUGCGAAAAAAGGUCGGCGUUUUAUGCUAUAUUGAGAGGUGUCGAGAAGAGGGUUGAUUUCAUGGACAUGUUGGCUAAGAAGUGGGUAGGGAGUCUCCGGUAUCGAGAGGACGAUCUUAUUGAUAGGGUGUUACCUUUUUUCCCUAUCUUUGAUCCUGUUAGUGUGAACAUUGGUGUUGAGUCAUCAAGGAACAAGUCUGUGGUGGAAGAGGUUGUGGAAGAUAGCAAAGAAGGGGUCAUUCCUUUGGUUUACACACAUAAAUCAUCAUGGAAAAGUGUGAAUGAUCAGAAUGUUGAGCAGAAAGCUACUUCUGAGGAGAAUGUUGUUAGGUUUUUGCCAGAUUUUGUGUUGGAAUCUUCAGAAUGUUUUGAAGUUUGGGGUGAACAAGGUAGUAUGAAGGAAGGGCUUUGUCUUGUAUGCUUUGGGCAUCUUGAGUCUCCAGUUAUUGGUGCUAGUGAAGUCGAGGAUGCGGAGGAGUUUGUUGGUGGUGGUGGUAGGUUGGAAGAUGUGUCGAGGAAUGAUGUUGACCAUCUGGCGGCCGUUGAUGAAGCGUUGGAUGCUUUUGCGUUCUGUGCUUGA